UGUUUCGCCAUCUUCCUCCCCAAGUGACAGAGUGGAUCUUCUGUACGCCUUGGUUCCCACUCUCCUCGCACCCACCCCAGCACACGAAGUUGCUCCCCCCCCCUUUAAACUGCACUGCGAAGGACUGGCCUUCAAGCUGACCCUUUUCUUUUCCCUCCUGUCUAUUAUGCAGUACGACGAUUUACCCCAUUACGGUGGGAUCGAUGGAGUGGGGAUCCCGAGCACCAUGUACGGGGACCCCCAUGCCGCCAGAUCCAUGCAGCCCGUCCACCACAUGAAUCACGGUCCUCCGCUUCACUCCCAUCAAUACCCGCACACAGCUCACACCAACGCCAUGCCCCCAAGCAUGGGCUCCUCCGUCAAUGACGCUUUAAAGAGAGAUAAAGAUGCCAUUUAUGGACACCCCCUCUUCCCCCUCUUAGCACUGAUUUUUGAGAAAUGUGAAUUAGCGACAUGCACUCCCCGGGAACCCGGGGUGGCGGGCGGCGAUGUUUGCUCCUCAGAGUCUUUCAACGAAGACAUAGCAGUGUUUGCCAAACAGGUCAGAAAACAAGUCUCAAUGCAAAUCUCUUGCACUUUCCCUCCUGUACUGUUCCAAAUGUCUGGUGAUGACGAGAGUAAUAGCAGCAGCAGUAGCAGCAGCAGUAAUAGCACUAAUAAAGUGACAAGGCUAGAAUGCAUUGGAACUGUUAUCCCUUGUCACACACGCCCCCUCCCCGGAAUGGAUCGCAAGCCUCCGGCCUCAGGUUCCUCCCCACACUGACUUGGGGGCGAGCCUCGGAGGUUUUCUGCCCUCUGCCCGCCACCUUGCAAAGGAGCCUGCUUCAGGCUUUUGGACCAAGGCGCAGCUGACGCUCGAAAGCCUCUGCUUGGCGUGGCGAAAGUACUGCUGGCUUCAGCCCCCGAAAGUAUUCCCGGUGCCUUCGCUUCGCUUCCCUAAGCGGGUGCCUUCCUAAUCCAGCACUCGGGGGCUUUGCAUGAAAGAUUGCAGAAUGGACCCCACGGGUGCUGUGUUCGGGAAGAAUCCUAGCGAUGCGACCCCCUACCCACUCCCCCUUUUGCUUUUUUGGAACCUCUCGGUGCAGAGAAGGGAGCGAGACCCCUUUUCAUGCAAACCAGGAAAAGAAAGCAUAUUUCCCAGGGAUAUUGACAGACGUGAAGACGAGCUCACAUAGACAUCGCCUACUCCAAAACAGAAUAGAA